AUGCUAUAUAAAAUUAUAAUUAAAUUAGCUACUUGGGUUCUUUUCAAGAAAAGGACACAUAAAGUUACAGGUUCUACUAGAACAGAAGAGUUAUUGCAUGCUGAGCUUAUGUGGGUAAAAACUAAACAAUUGAUUGCUAAAAAGCUCAACACAUUUUCAGAUAUUUGUCAAUCCUUGAAAUUAAAAUACGAUAGCGAUGGUGUUUUACGAUUACAUGGACGUUUUCCUAAUGUACUUGUUGAACUUGAUAUCAAACAUCCAAUCUAUAUUCAGACAGACUCAAUGUUUACAAAAUUAUUAAUAUUAAGAGCACAUGAAAAAACACGCCAUGCUGGAAUUAACCUUAAAUGA